GAUGAGGUUUGUGACACCAUGCGGUAGUGACCUACGAGCAUAUAUUACAGUGAUAUUUUUUGGCGUUAUCACUCUCUGCUUCCGGAACCUGACAACUCACUCAAUUCAGGGAUACAUAUAAGACGGAUGGAGGACGCACAUACACAUACCAUAUACUCAGACAUGCAACUUGGAGUAGAGGGUCUUACCAUAUAGUAAUUUGGUGAGAGAUUUGGUUUGGUGGGUUGUGAAGGUUUUGCGAAACUAGUGAGGGGUGUGAAUUUAAUGGACGGGGAUUCGGAAGCGAAAACGCCGCUGUUGGCGGUGGCGGGGAAGAUGCUGGAAGGGAGCGGGCGGCAGACCAGAAGUCUGAGUCGGGGGUACUCGGUUAACUCGUUGAGAGAAGAGUUUGUGUCGAGGCUGCCUGAUAAGGUCCGAGCUGCUGUCGAUCUUGAGUCUGUUUCGCUCAUCGAUUUCUCCAAAACCUCUGCCUUGACUCCUGGGGAGAAAGAGUACUAUGGAAGACAAGUUGCAACGCUAAAAUCAUUCGAGGAAGUCGAUUCUAUUUUGCAAUCUGAUGAGAUUGUGGAAGACCCGGAAGAACAAGCCCAACAGGAAGGAGCAAUGAAGAUAUCUAAUUAUGCAAAUGUUGUACUGUUGGCGUUUAAGAUUUACGCUACGAUAAAGAGUGGAUCAAUAGCCAUUGCUGCAUCAACACUGGAUUCCUUACUUGAUCUUAUGGCCGGCGGCAUACUUUGGUUCACUCACCUGUCAAUGACGAACAUUAAUAUCUACAAGUAUCCUAUUGGGAAAUUGAGGGUGCAACCAGUAGGCAUAAUCAUCUUUGCUGCUAUUAUGGCCACACUUGGCUUUCAGAUAUUGGUCCAGGCUGUGGAAGAACUGGUUGAAGAUGAGGGUUCUGAAAAUCUGACCUCAAGUCAAUUGAUAUGGUUGUGCGCUAUUAUGCUUUCUGCUACUGUGGUAAAACUUGCCCUCUGGCUUUACUGCAGAAGCUCAGGCAGUGACAUUGUCCGUGCCUAUGCAAAGGAUCACUACUUUGAUGUGAUAACGAACGUAGUGGGGUUAGUCGCUGCGAUUCUUGGUGACAAGGUGUUGUGGUGGAUUGACCCUGCUGGUGCUAUUGUCCUUGCAAUUUAUACCAUCUCUAAUUGGUCAGGAACUGUUUUCGAAAAUGCAGUGUCGCUUGUGGGACAAUCAGCUCCGCCCGAAUUCUUGCGGAAAUUGACGUAUCUUGUCAUAAGGCAUCCACAAGUAAAGCGUAUCGACACAGUCCGAGCGUACACUUUUGGUGUUCUGUAUUUUGUAGAGGUUGACAUUGAACUUCCUGAAGAACUACCCUUGAAAACAGCACAUACCAUAGGAGAGACACUGCAGAUAAAGUUAGAGAAACUACCUGAAGUGGAACGGGCAUUCGUUCAUCUCGAUUAUGAAUGUGAACACAAGCCAGAACACUCUGUUCUCAGCAGGCUGCCCAGAAACCAGGAUUGAUGUUUCAAGUUAGUGACUUGGAUACAUGCACCUGAAUUUGGGAGUGACAGUUACACGAUCCAUCGUGAUUUCACUCACCAAUAGGCAUCUCCAAAAUGGGCGGGAAACACUUCCUUUUUUUUAGUAUAUUAGGAACCAUAGUUUGGGGAAGCUUUAAAGACUCGAAUCGGGUUGGGCGCGCUCUAUUUGAGGAAGUUGAGCGAUUUCUAGUUCCCAUUUUUCUGUGGUAAUACCAUGCGGUCACAUCCGAUGACUAGUCGAUUGCUUGGUUUCUUUGAUAGCGAACAACUUUUUUGGACUGAUCAUGAAUGAGUUCUAGAGGAUCUACGUCAUCAGUGUUGCUUUCGUAUGGCUAUGGUGUUUAACAGAUGUUCAUGGAUUUUGGUAUUCAACAGAUAACUGGCACUAUUUGGUGAUGGUA